UGCAUGCGAGCAAGUUCUCAUAUCGAGUAAAUAGCGUUCCAGUAUCUAUAUUCGCUGAGUGUUUUUUUUUCUUAUCCAAUACGUGAAUCGACUUGGACGGUAUAGAAAAUUGCUUUUUUAUGUCAUCCACUUAGAUUUAUGCAAUUCUCAGGCAAAUACUUCUGCUGCUAUCCGCUAGAAUUAUCGGGUUAUUAAGAUGGAUGUCGUGGUGGAACGCAUGAUAGUACCAACAACAUACUGUGUUUUGGCCGUUAUAGGAAUAUUUGGCAAUGGACUGGUUAUCUAUGUAAUGACUUUUUUCGUGAAGACAAAGUCCGUUACUGAUGUUUACGUUACAAACUUGUCUAUUGCGGAUUUACUAUUCGUUUCAACGCUUCCUUUCUGGGCGCACGAACUAUUUUGGGACAAUUGGAUAUUUGGAGAUGCAUUAUGCAAGAUUUUGAGCGCCGUAUCCUUUUUCAACAUGUACGGAUCGAUCUUCUUUCUGACAGCUAUGGGAUUAGACCGUUGGUUAGCUGUCGUCCAGGCUGUUCAAAGCAGAAAAACUAGGACGGUACGAAGAGCCUGGAUAAAUACAGGAAUUGUUUGGACGGUGUGCCUCAUAUUCACCAUUUUCCCAUUAGCAUUUCGUAAUACAUUAGUACUGGGAGAAGAUAGGGAACGAUGUGCAUGGAUUUUUCCGAACAACUUUCGUUCACAAUUGAAUGUGGUUUAUGCCCUUUCGCGUACAUUGAUUGGUUUUGUUAUUCCUCUGUCCAUCAUUCUGUAUUGCUACAUCAGUAUUCUCGUAUUUAUGAGAAAAAGAAGCAAGAAUAAAGGAAAGAAAUACAAAGGUUUGUCGAGAAUAACAAAAAUGGUUGCUUUAGUCAUCAUUUGCUUUGUAAUUGCUUGGCUGCCAAAUCAAGUAACUAACUUUACUCAUUUUAUGAGCUUGGUUGGUUUAUUUCGUUAUUGUCCAACGCCAACCGCGAUUGACGUGAAUGCAACACAAACAAUUGGUUCUUCCGAUCAUUUUAUCUCGUCAGGUUGGGGAUUUAAUGAAACUACGACCGAAAAUUUCGAUCAGGGAAAGAUUUCGUCGAAAUUAGAGAUAACACAAACCGCUAUGUACAGCACCCCACGAUAUCGAACUUCCCAUCUUAAUCCUAUAAGUGAGACAACGACAAUCUACUUAUCAAACAAUGUUCUAACAACUAGUAUGGACCAUACUACUGAAUCUGGUAACUUCGCGGAAAAAAUACCGGAGGAGAAGGAAUCAUCUCAAGCUUUAUGUAUCAAAACGAUUCGGUGCAUUCAUAUGGUAACAGUUUGUCUUGGAUUCGCAAAUUCCGUCAUGAAUCCAAUCAUAUAUGCCUGUGUUGGUUCUGCACUUCGAACACAAGUAUCCAAAGCUUUAGGUUGUUUCACGUUGAAGCAGAAUUUCAGUGGAAGAUCGGUAAUCAGAUCCAGGACGUUGUCCACAUAUUUCAGAUCUAAUGCGGAUGGAUCUGAACGAACGAAACAAAGACGAGGCGUAUUAUCGGAAAAUCAGAUGACAAGUGGAAAAAGAAGAGAUUCCUCCCUGAAAACCUUUGAUAGGACUUCUGACCACGGGUCGGUGUUUCACGCAACUUCACGUCUCAUGACACGAGAUGACUCAGGAAAAAAUUGUAUUAGAAGCAUCCAAAUAGACAAUAAAGAAGACAGACUUCAGACAGCUAAUAAUCCAGAAACGAUGCUUCUAAGGUCAUAUGAUGAAUCCGAACCUUCCGAAGAGUUGUUUGGUGGAGUAUGGGUCGGCGGAACAAAUCAAAUUUAAAGAAUUAUUUGACCAUGCCGCCUCGUUCAAGACUACUCACUUGAAAUCAAUCUUCAUUGAUUAAGGAUGUGACGAAUGCCUAUUUGAGUGAUUUAUGUUAUAUCGUUAUUGAUGUUUGCAGCUCUUUGUGCCGUCAUACAGAACUAAUUAUAUUGUGUGGCUAGUUCUUUGGAUACAUGCCAAUUGAAAUAACGUAAAAUGAAGCCUCGUAAAAUUGAACUAUUACUUUAAAUUCGAAAUACUUAUCAAUGAGUCAGAGUUGGGUGGGAAAACCAACUUACAAGAAAUUCCACUGUAACUGUUUUGUUUUUGGCUGAACAUAUCAGCAAUGGAGAAGAAACCUAUUUGUUCAGAAAUAUAAAUAAAAGUUAUGAUAUGGCUCCCGUUGUAAGAUAUACAAAAUUUUCUUUUUAUGUGAUGUUUAAUGUAAUAUUGACUUUUUGAUUUUUUUUAGUCGUACUAAAACUCACUACAAUUAUCUAAUGUUAUCUAUAACAAUUGCGAUGCCGUCUUAGGGCGAAAAUUUCGCGUUUUAAAGUAUUCUUUGCUUUGUCAAUUUAUAAUUUGUGUAAAAUAAAUGGAAACUUUCAAUGCAAGGUUAAAAGGGGGCAUCUAUAUUGCAGGUUUC